ACUGAGAUGGUAGAUUACUAACAAUGACGAGGUUUCGGAAGGCCCGCUUUAGCGGCAGAUCGAGCCGCCCAUCGACCCUUCCGUCUUAGUUCGUUUCGUGGAAAAGUUACUUCAGCCACACGCACAUUCAGUACCGCACCUGGGCUACUCCGGGAUAGCUUGAACAAAUUUGCUAUGAGUCCCAGAUCGUGCAGUAAUCCCGCGUGGACCCUGGUAAGUAUUGCUGGUUGUCAUGUACCUAAGUUUCGACCGCCGGCCAUAAUCGUUCCCCAAACCAUUACUAGCGUUACCCCACUAGCCGUGCAAAAUGUUUGAAUGGGCGAAUGGGAGUGCGGACGCAGUUCGUGCGGGAGCCGAACGGUGUAUCGGCUUAACGUCAGUCGUACAACAUGGCUUCAGAUGCUGUGGAGAUAGCUCCUAUUGAGAAGAGGGUCGGAGAGACGAGCGAUGCUAAGCAGAUGGGGUUGCAACGGGAUGCCGAAGUCGGUCCUGAGAUGGUCGAUAUCGAUAGAAUCGAAAGAGUCUAUUCCAAGCUCGAUCGCCGGAUACUUCCAGCAUUUUGGAUCCUUUACUUUAUAUGCUCAGCGAUUCGCUCCAAUAUAGGACUUGCUCAGACUAUGAACUUGGCCCAAGGUCAUGAUCUGGGAUCGGUACUCAACAUCACACCGAAACAGGUCUCUACCGGUCUGGCACUGUUCUACGUCUGCUAUGUCCUCUUCGAUCUUCCCUCUAAUCUCAUCAUGUCGAGGGUCAGUCCGCAUGCAUGGAUGAGUCGCAUCGUAACCUGCGUUGGUAUCAUUGGCAUGUGCUUGACUGCUAUGAACGCUGCUUGGAACCUUUACCUUCUUCGACUGCUCCUUGGUAUCGUUAUUGCAGGCAUGUGGCCUGGUAUGUCAUACUAUCUGACUCUCUUUUACCCUCCAUCUCGCACUGGCAAGCGUAUUGGGCGCUACUUUACAGCGUCGCAAAUGUCCGCGGCGGUUGUAGGUCUGGUCUCAGCUGGCUUCCAGAAGAUGGAUGGAGUAGGUGGACUAGUUGGAUUCCAGUGGAUGUUCCUCUUGUACGGUAUUGUCGGCUUUAUUGUCGGCAUAUCGCUACUUUGGUGGCUUCCAGACAGACCACUUCCUCCAGGCGAAGUCCGCCAGCGAACUGGAUGGAUGAAGUGGCUGCCAGAAGGCAAACCAGCCCUAGAAGGUGAAGACGCCCGCAUUCACUACGAGGAUCUAACUCGGGUCUACAGCCGCAAGCUAUGGACCAUGAAAGAUCUCUGGCACGUCGUCAUCGAUUGGAGGAUCUACCCGCUCGUUGUCAUGUACUUUGGUGUAGUGGGUGUUGGAAACGGAACACAGGCAUACGCGACUGUCAUUAUCCGCGGCAUCAACCCGAGCCUCACAGGUAUCCAGCUCAGUUUGCUCUCAGCACCCAUCUGGAUUAUGGAUCUGAUCGCUAUUCUGAUCGUGACGCCCUUCUCUGACCGUUUCCACCACCAUCGACCUGCCUUCUUUAGCGCUGCUGUUGUGAUACAGAUCGCUGGUCUUUUGAUUGCUACGUUCGCCAAAGACUGGUCGCGUUAUGGUGGCGUCCUACUGAUUGGCUUCGGACUUGGGCCGACGGUGCCGAUUUGCAUGGCCUGGUCCAACGAGAUCUUCCAGCCACGCCACGGAGAAGUGGGCGUAGCGGCAGCCGCCGCACUCGUCUCUGGACUUGGUAAUCUGGGGAGUAUCCUCACAACCUAUGCACUCUACUCUGGGUGGCCGGAAGAUGCCAAAGACGGCCCGCACAAGUAUCGCAACAGCAACUUUGUCAUGAUAGCCAUUCUGUGCGCCAGUAUACUCAGCGCAGCAAGCAUGGUCGUCUUAUUGAAGGUAUUUGGAAAUGGCAAGGGCAAACAAAUCAGCAGUGCAAGCUCGACUAGCGAAGGUGAGGCUGCAUACGUCGACGGUGCUGCCCGGCGCGAGGUCCAGCAGAGGGGACUAGGACGAAUGUUCUGCUUCCGAUGAGAUGAUGAACGGGUGGAGUAGCGCCCUGCAGCCGGUGAUUGGCAAAGUGGUAUUUAUCGAGAAGGUUAGCUGGGGAUGGACUUUUGGAAUUGCCCAUGGGGCAGAGGUCACGAGGACGUGGAGGGCUCGCGUGGAGGCGGGAGCGAGCUGUGCUUCAUGCAAGUCAACAUGUGCGGGCUGACAGCGCUGGAGCCGGCUGCUGUAACAAACGCGAUAGAAUCACUACUGUGAAGAAUACC